UUUUUAACUUGUGAAACUUGUAUUCUACGACAGAUUGUGUAAAAUACCGUUCUACUUCAUACGUAGUUGAUUCGUUUGACGUCCAAAUGGAUUUCAGCGCCUUGCAGACCCGCGAUUGGAUAGAACAACUGAAGUGUUCUGUGUGCACGAAUUAUCUGUCGUACUUUCCGGUUUAUAUUUCGCUAAGUAACGACAAUAUCUGUGGAAGGUGUUCACCGAAAAUGGCAGCUACCGAUUUAAGACAAAAUAAAGCGUACGAGAUCGUCGCUCAAGAUCUGGAAUUUUCCUGUCGUUAUCAAAGCGAGGGUUGCUGGGAAAAGUUAAAGCCGGAGAAAAUUCCACAGCACGAGGCCAACUGCCCUUAUGUGAUAAUUGAAUGUAUAACCAAAAAUUUUACCAAGUGUGAAGCCAAAACAUCGAAACUCAAUAUGAUGAAACAUUGUCAGGAGAAGCAUUGUGACGUUUUUCUAAAAAAUGACACAUUUGAUAUCGAUUUAUCAACUUCAAAAGGAGUGUACAAUCUUUUGGAGUACGACAAUCAGCUUCUUGUCGUCAAAAGAAAAUAUUUUCCUCAAGAAAAAGUUAUUGAGUUUUUUAUAGCCCGCAAAGAAAAUGAAAAAUUUCGAAAAUUCGCUCCAUAUGUUGUGAAGUUUACUUAUGGUAACAGAGAACUUGCAAUCAGACAUGAUGUCGGUCAUGAAAUACGUAUUAUUGAGAAAAUCUCAUUGGAGUCUCUAAUAGAGUCCGACAAAAAGGAAUCAAAAGUUAUAGGAGAAAUUCACGUUGAAACAAAAACUGGACCAACUUCUAAUGCUGAGACUGUUACGAAAGGGUUGUUAAAUUUAUUCAGAUGUUCCUAUUGCAAUGAAUACUUCUUGCCAGAGGCCUUGCGGUUUUCAUGUAAUGUAAUAAUAUGUCCCAGUUGUCGAAAUCGAACCUGCUAUGAUGCGGAGCACUAUGAUGAUAUGGACAAACUAAAUGUGAAUAAAUUGGCUAACCUGCUACAGUUUCCCUGCCGAAAUGCUAAAAACGGUUGUUCCUUUUCAUCAUCACUCCACGAAAUAAAAAUGCACCACGGUCUUUGCCAAUAUGGAACUCAAAUUUGUCCCAUUCAAGACUAUACCAACUGCACCUGGAACGGUCUGUAUAAGGAUUUAGAUUUGCAUUUUCUGGAAAAACAUCACGAUCUAUUAAUUACUUUGAAUACCAUUUCUGUAAAUAUUUCAAGCCUCCAACCACAAAACAAUCAUCAACAAAGAACUGUCCAUUCCUUUCAUCAAAAUAAAUUUCGUGAAAGAAUAAUUGCUUUGCGUUCCAAACUACCUAACGAUAAUUUACACUCUGUUAAAUGCUACCUUCUGAAAUUUGGAAGUCACUUUUUCAACUUAAUACUUUUCCACAAAGACGACAAGUAUUACUGGGUUGUGCAGCUGAUGGGAGAAUUUAAAGAUAUGUUCAGUUAUAAAAUAGAAAUAAUUGAUAAUAAUAACAAAGUCAAUAAAAUGACUGUAACCAACGCGUGUUCUAAGCACACUGAAUGGAAAAUUUUACUGAAUAAUUUGCGCGACUGUUGCUUUUUUAGUUCGGAACAAAUCCAAAGUUUUUUAGGAAAGCAAAAUGAGCUUACUUUCAAAGUUUAUAUUUACCAAAAUAAUUAAAAGUAUUUGUAAUUUACUCCUAUUUUGUUAAUCUUUUACAUUGUAGUAAAAUUGUAAACGUUGAAUAAACUUGAAUGUUAAUAUAAUUACCCCCUUGGUCUGAUCACAACCUGAAACAUUUAAGGCUUCAGCAGUCCACUUACCAUCACUCCCCAACUAAACAAU